ACGAACGGAAUCUCCUCUUUCUCUCAUGACUGCAAAUUUUCCCCUCAUCCCCUACGAAUGCCAAGCUUGGGGCAACAGCAAAGGAGUUCAUAGUUUUGGUAAUCAUCGAUUCUUAAAUAUAUUUGUUCAAAACGAGAAAUAUAAACCAGAAGAAGUAAGUAAUUAAAAGGAGGGAUAUUGUAGAAAUUGUUGAAUCGAAGACUGAUAAAUCGGUUUUACAAUUCACCUGAGCUUUACGGAUUCAGGGUUUUUGAAAGAAGAGAGGUUUCAAAAACCCUACAAUUCUCUGAAAACUUAUCAUUUUAAUCUUUUUCGUUUACGUUUCGAUCAAACCCUAGGGUUUUUCCGGGUACUAGGGUUUGGUGGCGAUGUCUGCUGGAGUUUGUGGUAAGCGGCUGGGGUUCGAAGAAAUCUUCGGAUCUUCUAUGCCGUCUUCUUCUGCUAAGAGAGCGAGGUGUUCGACUUUUGGUUCUCCGAUCCGUUCUUCUGAUUUCGGGUUUGGAUCUGAGGAUAAGGUCUCCUUCUUACUCCGGAUGUUCCCUGCCAUGGAUCGGGAGUUGGUGGAAAAUGUUCUAAAUACAAGUAAUCAAAAGAUUGAUGAUGCCAUUGAGAGCCUGAAUGCACUUUGCCUUGGCAAUGUCUCUGGGAAAAAUGGACUGCAGAGCCUUGAUUCUAUGGCUGUUGCUAAUGAACCUGAUGCUCCAGGCAGUGAAAGUUGUCAGGCGUCUGAGCAGAAUGUUGAAGAAUUACAUAACAGAACUUCAACUUUCGAAUCUAUAAACCCCACAGAUGGAUCUGCCUGGGUAGAUAUUUUUGUGCAAGAAAUGAGGAGUGCUGUGGAUCUUGAUGAUGCCAGAAGUCGUACAACUAGAAUCUUAGAGGCUUUUGAAAGGAAUGUUGUUGCUCGUGCAAGAGCGUCAGAUGAGGAGCUCACUUCUCUUAGAGAGCAUCUGCACAGCUUGUUAAGGGACAAUCAAAUACUAAAGAGAGCAGUUGCAAUCCAGCAUGAACGUAAUUUGGAGCAGGAGGAUAGGGCGAGGGAAGUUCAGCAGUUGAAGCAUGUGAUAAGCCAGUACCAGGAACAGUUACAAACUUUGGAGCUGAAUAAUUACACAUUGAAGCUUCAUCUGCAGAGGGCACAGGAGAGCAGCUCUAUUCCAGGGCAUUUUCACCCUGAUGUGUUUUAGGGGAAAAUUUGUCUUCUUUUGAUAUACCUUGUUGCUCAGUUUGUGUUUUAUUAUUUGUUCUUGGUACUCUCAGUAGGGAUGAACCAGUAUGAAAAGUUAAGGUUCAUGGAUUGGUAGAGUAGAUUCUGCUAACCAGCUUUAAAAUUAAACCAUAUGCACAGCUGGUGUAGCUGUUUCAAGUUCUAGUUACUCAACUAGCAAUAGUCUUAUAAGAUUCACGGCCUUUCCGUGAAGUUGCUUGCAUUGCACUAAAAGAUUACCUGUUUUCAUUUGCAGUGUGACCUAGGAAUAUCGCUUGUUGACAUAGUUUGUGAUGUAUAUUUUGUGGAGAAAGAGGGGUCUAGUUGACCUGUUAUAGAAUUUACUUUGUAUUUGCUUACUUUGAUGAAAGGAAAUGGUUUGGGAAUGUAUGU